UAGUACUGUUACUAUAGCAGCCACUACGAUAUUAAAAGUUCCAGUGGGAGAGAAAAGAGUGUACAAUUUAAAGCUCUUUCUAUGACAACGUGUAAAGGCACGUUUAGGAUUUUGGGUAGAACACGAGUUAUGACGCAACGUAGUAGUUAUACGUCAUCCUCGUGAGUAGACGUAUGUGACGUAGUGCGGCAAUGAAUCGAGGGAACUUGUUUCACAGCAAAAUGGAUACACGCCGAGCUUCGCUGCAGAUGGAUAUUGACUUCUUACAAAAGAAGCACAAAGAAACUCUGGAGAAAUUACACGGCGAAGUAGAUAUGUUAAAACGGGAAAAUAAAGAGCUGCAGUAUAAGCUGAUAAUGGAGCUUCCAAAGUCGAGCAGUAAAGGAUCCAGCCGGAGAAUCUGUAAGCAUACAGACAACGAGUUCCAGAGACACGGAAAGAACUAUCUGGAACAGACUUUGGAGGAAACCUGCUCACCACAAGCCACAGAAAUCAGUCAUUUACAAUGUAGAGAAACCAGAUCAAAUUCCCUCACAGGGGACAGAACAGAUGAUCGUUCAGAAGUCAAAGCAGGGUUCAUCACUUCUCUACAGCCUCUGAUGAUCCAGUGUAGUCCAUCUCAGGCCCCUCGACCUCCCACCCUACAGGAUUGUGAGCUCAUCAUACGCCAGCUGAACAACGCUAACAGCCUGCAGUCCCAGGAGAUCCAACGUGUGAAAGCCAUUCUCAAAGACAUUGGAUUCAACAAGAAAAUAACUGCAGAGAAUUUACAAGUUUACAAAAAUAUUUUGACCAAGGCUUAUCUUGCUGAUGGUGAAAGAGCUGAUGAAUCAGACACGUUUCCCCUGCUUUCUCACCAAACACUGCCUAAAGGACUAGCUGUGUCUCAGGCUAGGAAAGCAGAGAGAGUGAUCCUCCCUGCCCUCAAAAAGCCCCUCAAUAACAUAGCAGACAGACAGAGGAGGACUCAGGCUGUGCAGAGACGUCGUCUACAGAGAAAUAUGCGCUGAAGGACCA